AUGUUUGCCACUUAUAUGCUGGAGGGAUAUGCUCACGAGUGGUGGAUGAGCACUUCGCAGGUUUAUGAGAUGCAGGGUCAUGUGAUCACGUGGCCAUUAUUUGAGGAGCUGUUUCAGGGGACGUAUUUCCCAUAUGAUGCGCAGGAGAGAAAGCAAGGAGAGUUCAAGCGCAAGGCAAAAAAGGCUCCUGGGGAGAAGGGAGCUGGUAGUUCCACUUCUUGGAGAGACAAGAAGUUUGGAGGAAAGGAAAAAUGGAAGCAGUUAUCUGCUAGGCAGGCGCCGAAUCAGUUUAAGAGGACUUCGACUCAGGGGAAUGCAGCUAGACCUUCCACUAAUUCCAGGUGUACCGGAUGUGGUAGAUCACAUGUUGGACCGUGUGCUACCGGUCAGAUUAUUUGUUUUCAUUGUGGCAAGGAGGGCCACUAUGCCAGAGAUUGUCUUUCGUCAGCUACUAGAGCUGCAGCAGUUCAUGCGGUUCCUCUUCAUAUGGUCUCUACUCCACCUACAGCGGCACCUGUUGUGCCAUCAGCCACUAAUCGAGUGUAUACCUUGGAUCGCCAGCAGUCGGACAGAGCUCUGAACCUUGUGAGAUGUACUAUUUCCAUUGGUGGUUCUGUUGUUGAUGUAUUGUUUGAUUAUGGGGCUAUACAUUCUUUCAUCGCGACCCCGAUUGCUGUGGGGCUUCAGUUGCCCAUUUAUGUGCUUUCUCCACCUUUGCGGGUGACCACCGCCACUGGAGAAAAGUUUGAUACUUCCUUUGGACAUCGCGAUGUCGUGUUUCAAUGGGAUGGUCCAAUGACCUUCUUUUUUGGUGGUGCACUUCUCGAGAUGGAGACUGUGAGAGUUGAAAAUGAGCUAAUGGAAGAUAUCAAAGAGCUGCAAGUGCAAAGAGAGUGCCUUGAUUAUGUCAAGAACCAAGAUGGUGUGUCUUGA